AUGCGGUCUCUGGCAUUUCUUUCGACCUUAUUGGCUUCGGCCACAAUCGCUACAAGCACCCUCUUAACACGAUAUGCCAAUGAUACUGGGUAUAAGCUGCAGACGGGACCCCUCGACACACCCUGGACCGCAGAAGUCGGCACAAAUCCAUGGCCUGAGCACCCCCGUCCAAAGGUUCAGCGCUCACAAUGGAAAAACCUCAACGGCGUAUGGCGAUGGAGAAACGUGACAGCUGGUCAGGUCAACUCGCCGCCCACAGGGCAGACGCUCGAGCGGUCGGUAUUGGUCCCGUCGUGUCUUGAGAGCGCAUUGUCUGGUAAGUCCUUCAUUUCUGUUGUGCCAGGGCAUCUCUACAGCUGGUACCAAACGACAUUCGACAUUCCGUCCAACUGGCCAACUGGAAACCGUGUGUUGAUCAACUUCGGUGCUGUUGACUACGAAGCUACAGUCUUCGUCAACGGCAAAGAAGUGGGCUUCCACAGGGGUGGCUAUUUCGAGUUCACCUUUGAUGUGACUGACUAUCUCUCGACGAAUGGCACAAACGAGCUGCUGGUACAUGCUUUUGACCCUACAGAUACUGAAAGGUACCAGAUUCCCAUUGGCAAACAGACCCUAACCCGUGAGGGCAUGAUCUGGUAUACACCUUGUACUGGAAUAUGGCAGACCGUGUGGCUGGAAUCGACGCCGAGCGAGUACAUCAUGAAAUUGGAUCUGGCUGCUGGUGCAGAUGGUUACGAUGGCUCCACCCCAUAUGAAAUCACCGUGCACGAACUUGGCUCAGAUGCAGCAAAGGCUACUGCAACAGGAAACAGUGGCAGUCCCUUUGUCUUCAAGGUCGAUUCUCCCGAUCUAUGGACUCCCAGCACACCGACGUUGUACAACAUUACAGUCCAGCUGGGAAGCGACUCAGUUUCGAGUUACACCGGAUUUAGGACUAUUUCCAGGGGUGUUAUCGACGGUGUCCAACGGCCACUCUUGAAUGGAGAGUUCGAGUUCUUCUGGAGCCCUUUAGACCAAGGCUUCUGGCCCGAUGGCAUUUAUACACCACCGACUGUAGAGGCCAUGCGCUACGACUUGGAGAAGCUCAAGGAAGUCGGCUUCAACGCGGUCCGUAAGCAUAUCAAGGUCGAGCCUGCUCUGUACUACAAGGCCGCUGAUGAGCUGGGAUUCUUGAUUAUUCAAGACAUGCCUUCAUUGCGUCCCGAACUGCCAGAUCCAAACAAUACUUGCGGUACCAUCCAAUUGGAAGGCCCAGAUGCACAGCAAGAAUUCAACAGACAGCUGGGCUUACUUGUCGAGCAGCUGAAGAGCUACACUAGUAUCUUCGCGUGGACUAUCUACAACGAAGGGUGGGGCCAGGCGACAGAUGCAAGUCAGCCAUGGCCCGAGUUUGAGCUCACAGAUCUCGUGCGUUCUCUCGACCCGACACGUCUUGUCAACGCAGUCAGUGGCUGGACGGAUCACACAGCUGGAGACUUCGACGACAAUCACCACUACUCGACACCACAGUGCGGUUCGCCGUUCUGGUCAGUGCAAGGCUCCGGCCCGUCUGGUUACAACUCCGCCUACGACCCAUCUCGUAUUGGCUUGCAAGGCGAGUUCGGUGGAGUUGGACAGCAGCUGCCCUUCGAGCAUGCAUGGUUCGACGACUUGGCUAAGCAGACAGCCUACGAGCUGACUAACACCACCGAAACUUGGAACUACCGAUCCAUUCAGAACAUUGUACAGCUUCGCGAACAAAUCGAGCGGUACGCUUGCUCUGGAGGCGUCUGGACGCAGACCACCGAUGUUGAAGGAGAGGUUAACGGGCUAUUGUCUUAUGAUCGGAGGAUCAACCGCAUGGACAAGGAACUUUGGACUAGUACGAUCCAGUCACUGUACGAUGCUGCUGCAAAGCGAGGCAAUAGCUCGGUGGCGAUCACAGAAAGGAAUGACGGACUAGCAGGCUUGCAAGACGUCUUUCCAUAA